UAUUAUAGCCAAGUCACUACAUUAUCCUUAUGGCAAUGCUAGGACCUAUUUUCGUGUGUGCUCUAGUAGUUUCGUUAAACAAAACAAACUUUAACUUUAAUUUCUUGUCUAAAUGACGUGUUUACGCAGGAGCACGUGGACUGUUUGAGGAUCAGGUUUCACUCCCCAUCUGAUUCGUGUUUACCAUCGAUUACCAAUAGCACUAUGUACUAGCGAGAGGACUAUCACCAACCUCAGUUAUUUCAGUACGGUGGCGAACCUCAUCGCGUUGUUCAGUUUAUUGUGUAAACGAGUUUUCUCCAAUUGUAUGUGUAUAUAAUAGAUAAUUUCGAUUGUUAUCUGGUUCUUUUUCAGCCAAUGGAAUAUCAAAUUGUGUUGGCCAAAUUCGUCAACAAGGGUUUGGCUCUCGCGAUCAUCUCACUCAUCUGUACUUAAAAUAUAUUAUCCAUGUUUGUGUUCAUAAGAAUCAUUGUCGACGAGCUAGUCAUUUGACUAGAUCAUAUUCAAAUUCACUAAUCUAGAGGGCAUCCAAUAACUGAUAUUUGUUUUCGUUAUAGUAUAUAAUGUAUACGUUAGAAGUGAUUGAAAACCAACGUAGGUACUAAAGGGAACAUAGUUCCUCACUAAGGGACCAUUAAAACUAUUAGUUUCGCUUUCUGUCGGAGGCUAAGAAAGGAGAACAUGCUUUACGUUACACUUAUAGUUUACUGUGUCCUUCAUCUCGGCGCAUGUGAUAAUAGUGUUAUGCAAAGUGUAUCCUAUGUUAAAAAUAACUUAUGUGAAAACAAGGUCCUCCUUGCCCGAUACACCUACUCGAUCACUCCGACUAAGAACAAACUGCGGUGCGCCUUCAAAUGUUCUGAAGAUGAAAACUGCCUGUCGUUCCAUUUUGAGAAAUCUUCUCUCAACUGUCACCUCAACAUGCAGCCAUCAACAGAGAACUGUGUUACCAUGGCAACCACCAAAGACGCUAUUCACUUCGACAAGGACAUAUGCUUAAAUGGCGGACGUUUCGUGAAUGGGCAAUGCAUAUGUACGGAAGAGUAUAUGGGGGAGACUUGCGAACAACUCAAUAUUGCUGAUCCGCGUGGCUUUAAGAAAAUUGUCGGACUGUCCAUCCUGUUUUAUGAGACACAGAGGUCCGGGUACCUACCAGCGUCCAAUCGCAUUCCAUGGAGAGGAGAUUCUGCUACAAAAGACGGAAGUGACGUCGGACUCAAUCUAACGGGAGGCUGGUAUGACGCUGGCGGAACAAUAAAGUUCACGUUGCCAAUGUCUGCGACGGUAACGCGCCUGACGUGGAGUCUAAUCACGUGGCCUGACGCGUACGAGGCGGCCGGACAGCUGGACUACAUGUUCGACUCCAUCCGGUGGCCGCUCGACUACUUUCUCAGAUGCUGGAUUCCGGACUCGCAGGUUUUCUACGUGCAGGAGAGCGGCUAUACUUGA